AUGGCGGAGGGCGAACUGGCGCCCAGUGUGCCCGAAUCGGGCGCAGAGCGCGUGGAUGCCCAGGAAAUGCACGCUGCAGACGCUGCCGAGGAGCCCCAGGUGAAGCGCCAGCGUUUCGAGGCGCCGCAGGUGCCGGACAAUGAGCAGUUGCGCCGCCGCAUUGCCUAUGUGCCGGCGAAUGAGCCGGUGCUGCUGCGCCUUCCGUCGGGUAUGACGAAGCAGGUGGUCCUCACGCCGGGCAAGUCGGUGUCGAUCGGCAAGUUUGGCACGUUUCCCGCGGACCAGAUCAUCGGCCGUGCGUUCGGGCCGACGUACGAAAUCAAGGCCGACGGAAGUUUGGAGGUGAUGCACCAGGACGUCGCCGAGGCGCUUGUCGAGAGCGAGGCGACAAAUGAAAACAUCUUUGAUGAUGGCGAGUCGCAGACGCUUUCGUAUGAGGACAUCAAGGCGCUCAAGGCCGCCGGAGCGACGGGUCGCGAAAUUAUCCAGAAGCAGCUCGAGAGCAACAAGAGCUACGAGAUGCGCACUGCAUACAGCCAGGAAAAGAUUAUGAAGAGAAAAGAGUCGAAGCACCUCAAGUUUUUUACGCCGCUCGCGCCGGAUCUCUACAAUGUCGGGUGGUACAACUUUGAGCGGAAUCCCGAAAAGAUCCGCGGCCUGCGCCCGGAUGCUUUGUCGCAGCUCCUUUCAUUUGCGGAUGUGCAUGCCGGAGGGAAGUAUGUAAUUGUCGACGGCGUCGGCGGCCUGCUGACCGGUGCCGUGCUCGAGCGCAUGGGUGGGUGUGGCUCGGUGCACCUCAUCCACGACGCCGACUCUCCCCCUGCACUGGAGCUGAUGCCGAUGCUGUGCCUGACGCCGUAUCAUACCCACGGCGUGCUGCGCACAAUGCACUGGGCCGCGACCGAGUCGCGCUGGCUGCUGCCUUCCCACAUGUCGGACGAGCUCGCACGUGUGUACAAAACCGACCGCGAGCGCAACCGCGCACGCAAGAAGCGCGCAGCGAUCGAAGACUUUGUCGCUACACGCCAGCAGUUUUUUGACGGCGAAUUCGACGCUGUGCUGGUCGCAUGCCCUUACGAGCCGUACUCGGUGAUCCACCGCCUCCUACCCUAUUUGGCCGGAUCGGCAAACGUCGUGGUGCAUAGCCCGCACCUGCAGCCCCUCGUGGAAGCACAAGCCCGCAUUCGUGCGAAUCCCCAGUUUGUCAAUGUCUCGAUUACCGAGCCGUGGCUGCGCCGCUACCAAGUCCUUCCCGCACGUACACAUCCGGAUAUGUCGACGUCUGCUAGUGGCGGCUAUAUUUUGCACGCGGUGCGCAUCCUCAACACGGACGACGCACCGAGCGACGCCGCCGCCGCCGCCGCCUAA